GGGAAGCCAGGAGGGGAUGGAGUGGGCAGGUGUCCCCCGGAGUGGGAUCGCUGCGCAGCCUGGGCUCUCCUGACCGCCCCGGGGCAAACUCCACCGCGUGUCGCCCUCAGUGGCCUCCCGGAGCGCCCGCGUGCCCCGCCCCCCCCCACGCCCUCGCCCCGUCCCGCCCACGUGUCUUCUCUUCCGCCUACGUGUAGCUCUCCAAGUCCAGCCACUUGUGUUGGCCUGCGAGUGUCUUGGGGAUUUCAUAGGCACAAGUUGGGGACGUGGCAGGCCAGGGUGGUCUUUGGAAAACGACAUUUGGGCAGGAAAACACCAAUCCCCGUCCUCACUUAGGUUUGUGGGUACGGGCGGUUGGGGGGAUCCCUAGCCAGGGACCACGCCCUUCUCUACCCAGCCCUGCCCUUCCCCCUUCAUGAGGAGCAGGAAGUAGCAAGUACGUUUUCUUGUUUUCAACGUCCCCAUGGACACUAAAGCAAAAAGUACUUUAGAUGUCUUAGUGAGACAAGUCAUAGGGUGGGAGAUAAACCCCCACAAAAAUUCAGAGGCCCCCUCACCUCAGGGCAGGUUCUGGGGCGGGGUGGGGGCAAAGUUUUGGCGCAGGUGAUAAUUAUUGUCCUUUCGAUGUUAUUUGUUAUAUUUUUUGUAGGGGGGCGGGUCUUGCUAUGUUGCCCAGGCUGGUCUUGAACUCCUGGCCUCCAGCUAUCCUCAGCUGAGUGCUUUUCUGUGACAGUGAAUGCUCAGAAACCACAGCCAGGAUACUAAGGCGGGAACCGGGGGCUGGGGCUGGGGUGGCUUCUCCCUUGCACCCCUUUCCCCCCUCGCCUGUUUCUUAGCCCUCUAGGGAGGAACGCUUCUGCAGGGGACGCAGCCACGAUUCCUUGGAAGGAGAAGUUGAACCCGGCCAUGCUGAGCUUCCCCUCACCCCGAUCCACAGGCAGAGAGCAGCGCGGUGGGAGAGGGGAGAUCCCCGGGCUGAGCCGCUGGAUGGAAGGCGCUGCUGGGCGCAUUUCGGGGAACACUGUUUUACGGGGCAGAACGUUGGAUGUAACGUCACUAAAUGCAGCAUUUUGUGUUCAGAGCCCGCGGGAACAGUGAUUCCUGCACACGUUUCCUGAAAACCCGGGGAGACUCAAUACUGUCAUCUAAAAGGAUCCCUUCUAAUUAGGAGAUGAGAAAGUUUCGUCUUCGCCUGCACGAGGAGGGCGCACGGAAACACGUCAUUUGGAACGUCCCGGGCGCUACCAUCCAGGUGGUCGGGGCCGCUUCUCUGUACGAGUCCAAGGAGGCCGAGACCUCCCGGCUGUGGUUUCGAACCCGCGGCCAGGGCGCGCGGCCGGUUGAGGAGCGCGGGCUUCGCGUUCCGCGGAGUCUGGCCCGGCGCGGCCGCCGUAGCGGGGAGGGCCUGAGCUACGGUGGCCGCGGGGCGGCGGCGGCGGCGAUCGGACUCCGCGGGGCCGGCGCCGCCAUGGGCAACCUGUUCGGCCGCAAGAAGCAGAGCCGCGUCACGGAGCAGGACAAGGCCAUCCUGCAACUGAAGCAGCAGCGGGACAAGCUGAGGCAGUACCAGAAGAGGGUCGCCCAGCAGCUGGAGCGUGAGCGUGCCCUGGCCCGGCAGCUGCUUCGGGACGGCAGGAAGGAACGGGCCAAGCUGCUGCUCAGGAAGAAGCGAUACCAGGAGCAGCUCCUGGACAGGACAGAGAGCCAGAUCAGCAGCCUGGAGGCCAUGGUUCAGAGUAUUGAGUUCACUCAGAUCGAAAUGAAGGUGAUGGAAGGGCUGCAGCUGGGAAAUGAGUGUCUGAACAAGAUGCACCAGGUGAUGUCCAUUGAAGAGGUGGAGAGGAUCCUGGACGAGACGCAGGAGGCCGUGGAGUACCAGCGGCAAAUAGAUGAACUCCUGGCAGGAAGCUUCACUCAGGAGGAUGAAGACGCCAUCCUGGAGGAGCUCAGCGCAAUCACUCAGGAACAAAUAGAGCUGCCCGAGGUGCCCUCCGAGCCCCUUCCUGAGAAGAUCCCAGAGAAAGUCCCUGUCAAGUCCAGGCCGAGGCAGGCGGACCUGGUGGCAGCUUCGUAACAUGGCCUCCUUUGGCAGGACUCACAGGGAUGCCCCGGGGACCGUGGCCAGCCCCUGACCGGGUACCCUGGAGCCCAGUGCCACGGUGCUGAGCAGAGCCGCUGCCACGCAGGCACGCGCAGGAGGACUCCAGAGCGUCUCCCGGCACUCGGGCCUGAACACGCUUGGGCACCGCUGGCCUGCCCUCAUCUCUGGAUGGCACUCUCUGCCAAGCCCAGCUUCUACCGGCUGUGACUUCUGGUGGCCUCGGCCUGGGCCUGACACCCCGGUGCUGUUCCCCUGCAGCCCCAGCCCCGUGUGGCUCGUGCUCUGCUGUGGGGAAGACGCCUCCAGACCUUGGGGUCCCCGCGCGCCCUCUUGCCCCUCGCUGCUCUUGUUAGCUGGUGCAGGCUUCCAUGACGGGUCCCCUCCCUUGGCCUGGCUUCCCGGCGCGCCGCGGCUUCCCUGCCCAUGGGGGCAUCCCCAGGAGACCAGCAUGUGCUGAACCUCUCCGUGCCUCUGCCUCCGCGCCCCAGAUGCCCACCUUCCCUUUUGAAGGCGGCAGGCCAGGGGCAUUCUUGCUGGAUUGAUGACUCCCGGAGCCCUGACUUCACCCCUCCACUCAUGGGUCUGACUUCACCCCCGCUACUCAUGGCUCUGCCCACGGGGCUCAGCCCUGCUGAGAGGACCUCCGAUGCCCGGGAGAUGCCACGCGGGCGAGUGUAGCAUCCGAAGUUUGUCCGUAGGGGUCCCUGUGUUGGGGGCUCGUGGAACUGUGAGACCUGGGACCCUCCUGCCCUGCGGGCCCCUGAGCCACCAGCAGCCAGGACAGGAGGCUGUGGGGCAUGGCGUGCCUUCCCGUCCCCGGGGCUGGUUUGGUUGUGAGGCCAUCUCCCUGGGGCCAUCCCUACCCGUGGGAAGCCACGAGGACAAAGGGAGCCGCCACCUCAACCCCCACGCGGGCCGGCCUGUAUUAAAGUGGCCCUGCACGCCCGCUGCCUCGUGGACUUGGGGGCAGUGGGGACCCGGGUGUGGC